AUGGGCACCAUGCACAAAAAUGAACAGCAAUCAGCAAGUGUUAAUGAAGGGACUGAAUAUGAUCACAAUCACAUUUGGCAAAUGCAAGACAUUGCUAUUGUGUGGUUGGACAGUUCUACUAACAACAGCCACGACUCUUAUGACACAACUACACAACUUGAAUACGUUCUUCCUGAGAUCAAUACGUUCACUGAUAAUGAUCAAUGCAUAGAAUUCAUUGUUGACAAUUUCGAUACCAAAGUGUAUCUGAUUAUUUCGGAAUCAGUUGAACAAUUUAUCAUACCAUGUAUUCAUGAUAUUCCAAACAUCGAUUCAGUCGUCAUCUUUUCCGAUAGUAAAGAUCAAUAUGAGCAACGAAUAAAACAAUGGAUCAAAGUAAAAGGUGUUUGCAGCGACAUCACGCGCAUCUGCCGACAGAUCACUCGACUAUAUGAGUUCGACGACAUUCCGAUCAGUUUCAUUCCGUCAGGCAGAAAACCAGAUCAACUAGAUCCAACAUUCAUGUAUACACAAAUCAUGAAAGAAAUCCUACUGACCAUCGAAUUUGAACAUAAGCAUACGCAAGAAUUUGUGGAUUAUUGCUGCCAUACAUCUAUUGGCGACAAGAUCGAUCACAAAAAAGUAAAGCAGUUAGAAGAUGAAUAUCACAAGGAUGGGGCCAUACGAUGGUAUACAAUCGAGCCAUUUCUGUACCGUACGCUGAAUCGCGCUUUACAAUUGAUGAAUGGUGAAGUGAUCACAUUGAUGGGAUUUUUCAUCAAAGAUCUUCAUCGAGGUAUUGAACAACUGCAUCAAACACAGUAUGGGAACGCCUGUGCUGACCGAAGCUUUACGGUUUACCGCGGUCAAGUUUUAACAAAGAAAGAUUUCGAUGAAAUGGUCAAGUUAAAGGGUGGUUUGAUAUCGUUCAAUAAUUUUUUGUCCACAAGUAGAAACCGCGACGUUGCUCUCAUGUUUACCUCAACUGGUGGAAAGAGCAAUGAUAUGGUAGGCGUUCUGUUUGUGAUGAAAGUUUAUCCUAAUGACUCGAGCACAUCGUUUGCUUCGAUCAAACACCUGAGUCAGUUUGAAGACGAAGACGAAGUACUUUUUUCGAUGCAUUGCAUCUGCCGUAUAGAUGGAAUUACACCACUGAAGGAGGAUGACACAGCGUUUGAAGCAGAAAUGUCGCUGGCUAAUAAAUAUGACGAAGAACUAAUUUUGCUUACUAAGCAAAUUCGUGAAGAGACCGAGCCAGAUGCCGCAGGAUGGGAGAGAUUGAGUUCGGUAUUGACUCAGAUCGGGCAAUGUGAUACUGCUGAACGAAUCUGUAGAGUACUACUCGAUAAAACGUUGAGCCAAAUGAAUGAAGCAUGCCUUCAAGGUCUACUUGGUUCGAUAAAAUGCCGUCAAGGACAAUAUGAAGAGGCAAUAAACCUUUACGAACAGUCUCGGAAGAACUUGCUGAAAUUUUUUCCUGCCUGCCAUCGUAUUGUGGCUACAUCUUACAAUGACAUCGGUUUGGCGUAUUACGGUUUAGGUGAUUAUCCAAAAGCACUUUCAUCAUAUGAACAAGCCCUCAGAAUUACACUUGAGUUAUGUCAUUUCGAUCAUCCCGAUCUAGCUAAAUCCUACACCAACAUUGGUAAUGUGCAUUACACUAUGGGUGACCAUCCAAACGCACUUUCUUUAUAUAAGCGGGCUCUCAAACUUCAACAGCAGUCACUGCCUUCAAAUCAUCCUAAUAUAGCUUCAUCUUGUAUUAACAUCGGUUGUGUGUAUUCUGACAUGGGUAGCUAUCCAAAAGCUCUUUCAUCGUAUGAACGCGCCAUCCAAAUUCAGUUGCAAUCGCUUCCUUCGAAUCAUCCUCAGGUGGCCUCAUCUUACAACAACAUCGGUAAUUUGAAUCUGAGAAUGGGCAAUUAUCCCGCGGCGCUUUUAGCCCAUAAGCAAGCUCUUGCAACCUUCCUACAGUCACUUCCUUCAUAUCAUCCUGAUCUUGCUUCAUGCUAUAACAGCAUUGGUAUCGUGUAUUCCAGAAUGAAUGACUAUUCAGAAGCACUUUUAGCUCAUCAACAAGCCUUGAAAAUUCAACAACAAUCACUUUCUCCAAUUCAUCUGGAUGUUAGUAUAUCGUACAGUAACAUCAGUAGUGCGCAUUUUAGGGCGGGUGCUCAUUCAGAAGCACUGUUAGCUCAUGAGCAAGCUCUUCAACUUCAGCUGCAAUCACUGCCUUCGAAUCAUCCUGACAUUGCUUCAUCUUACAUCAACAUCGGUUUAGCAUAUUACAAUCUAAAUGAUAACACAAAGGCACUUCCUUUAUUUGAACAAGCCCUCGAAAUUCAAAAGCAGUCGCUUGCUCCAGAUCAUCCAUGUGUGGCUGCAACCUAUACGAACAUUGGUCUAGUGUAUUUUGACAAAUACGAUCGUCUUAUGGCACUUUCAUCAUAUAAUCAAGCCCUUAAAAUUCAGCUAAAAUCACUUCCUUCAAAUCAUCCUGACAUUGCUUACACAUACAACAAGAUCGGCGAUGUGUAUUUCAGGGCAAAUGAUUAUUCGACUGCCUAUCGUUUUUAUGAAAAUGCUCUUCAAAUUGGAGAAAAAGUCCUACCACCAAGUCAUUCUCAUUUACAACUGUACCAAGGAAAUGUUCAAGAAACGAAGAAACGAUUGUGA